UAGACUCCGAACUAAAUAUUGAAAUUUACGUAGUGAAUAUUAUUUACGUCAAAACCUAUGUAUUAAUUAUUUUUGUUAUAAAAUUAUAUAGUUCAACAACAGUUGAACUAAAUGAGCUUUCCGCCGCUCUAAUCAUUUGUGAAAUAAAUGAUUACUGUGGCUGUACGCUUCUAUCUACAUUGAAUGGGAAGGGAUUUCGGAUUUUGUUUGUGUUCGGAUAAGUGCUGAAUGGAGCUGAAUGGAGCCUUGUUGUUUAACAAAAUAAUUUGCUAAAGGUUCUCAUCAGUUUAAGAUUCUUGGCGAAAGGAAACAUUUACUCAGAGCUGGCUGACCUUCAUGGGAUUAGCAGAUCAUCUGUCUCACGAAUCCUACAUGCGUUUGUGAGUUCAGUAAACAAGCGUAUGAUAAACAUUCGGUUUCCAGUCGAUGUACAAGAUCAAACAUGUGUGAAGGUUGGCUUCUUCCGACUAUGCGGUCUGCCACAAGUCCUGGGAGCAGUGGACGGUACUUUGAUACCAAUAAUAGCCCCGAAGGAGCACGAGGAAGCAUUUGUAUGUAGAAAAGGGUUCCACGCUCUGAAUGUUCAGGCAAUUGUUGAUUCAGAAUUAAGAUUCCUAAACGUGGUGUCAACCUUCCCUGGGUCAACACAUGAUGCAUUCAUGUUUGAAGGUUGUGGUGUAAAGGACUAUCUGGAGAGAAACGACGUGGGCUAUCUGUUGGGUGAUAGCGGAUAUACUCUUCGAAGAUACUGCAUGACACCAUUUGCCAAUCCAAACAGUGUCCAGCAAACCCGGUUUAAUAUAGCCCAUAAGAGAGGACGAGUUGUUGUCGAGAGGGCCUUUGGUGUUCUUAAGAGUAGAUUCAGAUGCCUACAUAAGACUGGUGGCUGUCUACCAUUCACGCCAUCGAAAUGCGCUCAAAUUGUAUUGGCAUGCAUGCAUCUUCACAAUUUUUGUAUGGACAGAAACAUCAUGGACCCAACCCUUAUGCCUGAUGUUGAUGAUGAUGAUGAAGAUGAUGCAAUAGAUAGACAGGCUGAUGGUGUGGAGGGCACAGAUAGAAGAAAUGUAAUUAUUGGGAGAAUGUGAACAAUUAUAAAUGAGACGCUCUCUGAAACAUAGACAAAACAAGUCUAUAAAAUGUGUGAUAUUUGACAUCUGAUAAAAGACAAAACAAGUCUUAAAAAUGUGUGUUAUUUUACAUCUGAUAAAAGACAAAACAAGUCUAUAACAUGUGUGUUCAUUUACAUCUGAUAAAGACAAAACAAGUCUUAAAAAUGUGUGUCCAUUUACAUCUGAUAAAGACAAAACAAGUCUAUAAAAUGUGUGUCCAUUUACACCUGAUAAAGACAAAACAAGUCUUUAAAAUGUGUGUUC